GCUAAACUUAAAUAACAUUGAUGACAUUAAAAAUGUGACAGGCUACUGUAAAUUAGCAAACAGCUAAAUGUAUAUAUUUUACAGUAUAAAUGAGGUUUCUGGGCAUUUUGUGGUCUCCUGAAAUCAUUGAACUGACCACCCAAAAUUUUGGAACCACUAUACGAAGCCAUCGUCAUCUUUUAGUGAAUUUUUACUCUCCCAAAUGUAAAUAUUGUAAACAAUUCGAACCAGAGUACGAAAAAGUUGCCUAUGCAUUACGAAAAAGGGAACCUCCCGUUCCAGUAGCAAAAAUUAACGCGACUGUUGAAGGUACAAUAGCCGCAGAACAGGGAAUUGACAGGUACCCAACUGUAAAAUUAUUUAAAACUACUAUAGCUAUAAGAUAUGAUGGACCUAAAGAUGCUACUCAUCUUCUUCAAUGGUUAGAAAAGCGUAUUCCUAAUUAGUUUUUAAAUGUUAUUUUAGAUAUAUUUUUAUGCAAUAAAAUUUUUAGUUGGUAAA